UGGAGAACUAAGAAAAGUAAACCUAAUCUCAAUCAGCCGAUCGAUCGGUUGUUCGAAAGUAAGGUGAAAGUGCAUAGGAGGCGCGCAUGAAUGUUGUGGUAUAUAUUGACAGGUUUCCUCAGGGGCCCCAUUAAUGGAGUACUGAGAUGCAGGAUCCUUCCCAGAACUCUUCAGGGUAAUGUCGGGGAAACGAUUGUUUAGCGAAUCCCAAUACAAGGAAGAUGAGCCAGCAGACAAACGACUAAAACCUAGACGGCUUUCUCUUGCUUCUGUUAUUGGAAAAGUGAUCAAGCUGAAUUCCAUGAACAAACUUUUAUCAGACUUGGAACCUUGGCUUAGGAGAUGGGUGAAUGAAGAGUUGGAAAAUGCUCUAAGGCGCUGUAAUUCCCACCUUUUUACUCGGUUUCAUCCAUUGGAAAACCAAGCAGAAGUGGAGACAUCAAGCUGCUUGCAACUUAUGUUUAGUAAGAAGGUUUUACCUUCUACUUUAUUCACAGCAAGCAAGAUUGCAGACAUGGACAACAAUCCCCUUCAACUUGUUCUUGUAGAUCAGAGAAGUCCUAGUACUAGUACUGGAGAUCGAGUGCUGGUUCCACUUGGGGAUCUGUCUUUAUACCCAAUCAAAAUAGAAAUUGUUGUACUAAAUGGUGAAUUCCCUCUUGGGGGCGGUGAAACUUGGAGUAGUGAGGAGUUUAAUCAGAACAUUGUGAAGGAGAGAGCCGGCAAACGGCCUUUGCUUGCCGGAGAGUUGUGUGUUACCAUGAGGCAGGGGCUUGGCCUGGUCGGAAAGAUAGAAUUUACAGACAAUUCAAGCUGGAUCCGGUGCCGGAAAUUUAGGCUUGGUGCAAAGGUUGCACCAGGAAGUUACAAAGGAACAGUGAGGAUCCAGGAAGCCAUUACUGAAGCUUUUGUCGUCAAAGAUCAUCGUGGAGAAUCGUACAAGAAGAAGCAUCCACCAAUGUUGGAGGACGAAGUUUGGCGUCUAGAGAAGAUUGGGAGAAAUGGAAUUUUCCAUACGAAGCUGAGCUCUCAAGGCAUCAACUCAGUUCAAGAUUUCUUGAAGUUGUAUGUUGUCGACGCUCCAAGGCUUAGAGAGAUUUUAGGUCCUGGAAUGUCUGAGAAAAUGUGGCAAAUAACCAUAAGGCACGCUAUGACUUGUGUUUUGGGAAACAAACUGUACAGUUUCCAGGGAAAUGAUAAUUGCGUCAUUAUCCUUAAUCCAAUAUGCCAUGUUGUUAAAGCUUUCAUUGAUGGGCAACUAUUCCUAUUCCCUGCAGCUAGUGAUGAUCUUUCUGUUCAAACGAAGUAUCAUAUUCAGAGUUUGGUGAGGGCAGCAUAUGAAAAUUGGAAUUCCUUGCAAUUAUUUGAAUAUUGAGACUGCCAGCUUACUGCCAUAUAUAAGGUAUGAUAUAUAUAUUCCUUAGCAUAUUAUAUAUGUAUAUAUAUAACUAUCUAGCUACCUGAUUAAUUACCAUGUUAGAGACAAAUUAAUAUAUAUGUAAUUGACAGGCGAAAUGAUGGAGGAAGAUGAUCUCAAGAUCGAUCAACAGUCUUUGGUGAAUUGAUUUCGGCGAGAUGGAUACAUAUAUUACAGAAAGAAGUGGAACAGAAAGAAGUGGGGGUAUAUAUGGAAUAUUAGGUAGUACUGAAAAGAUUGACUUAAUUAAAGA